UCCAAACACGUCACAAGCCAAUCUCUCCUUCAACCACCAUGACCUGAGCUGCAACAGCAGAGCAGCCAUUUGAGUUCUAGAAAUAAUAUCCAAUGGAAACUGCAAUCGGUAAAUCUCUCAGUCUCUUCUCUCCGAAUUCACUCUCUCCCCACACUCUCAAUGACUUCAAUUCCCUUUUCAAUCACCUCAACACUGUCAUUUCCGCUCCAAACCCUAAAUCCAAAACGGAGAACAACUCAAAUUUUUCUAAAAUUUGUAAUAAUCUCAGAUUUUCAUCAACUACUAUUUCUAUUGAAGGAAAAGUUAAAAACCCAGAUAAACCCACCUCUCAGAAUUGGCUAAAACCAGCUACCAGAGACUCCCCAACUGUUCAUGCUCUGUUUAAGGAACUGUCGGUUCUUGAAAGGGCCGUAAUUGGUGCUGCUGCUGGUGGAAUUGCUGGUGCAUUCACUUAUGUGUGCCUUCACCCACUUGAUACUAUUAAAACGAAGCUCCAAACAAAGGGGGCAUCAGAAAUUUAUAAUGGCACAGUUGAUGCAAUUGUUAAGACUUUCAAAAGUAGGGGAAUUCUUGGAUUUUACAGCGGGGUUUCUGCAGUAAUAGUCGGGUCCACUGCAUCUUCUGCUGUGUAUUUUGGGACCUGUGAGUUUGGGAAGUCAAUCUUAUCGAGAAUUCCACGCUACCCACCUUUAUUGAUUCCUCCGACUGCUGGUGCAAUGGGGAAUAUAGUGUCGUCUGCUAUUAUGGUUCCAAAGGAGUUGAUCACUCAGAGAAUGCAGGCUGGUGCAAAGGGGAGGUCUUGGAAUGUUUUGUUGAGUAUUUUGGAAAAAGAUGGCAUUUUGGGGCUUUAUGCUGGGUAUAGUGCUACGUUGCUUAGGAAUUUGCCUGCUGGAGUGCUGAGUUAUUCAUCGUUUGAGUAUUUGAAAGCUGCAGUUUUGAGUAAGACAAAAAAGGCUAAUUUAGAGCCAUUUCAAAGUGUUUGUUGUGGGGCGUUGGCAGGGGCAAUAUCAGCUUCGUUGACAACCCCCUUGGAUGUGGUGAAGACUAGGUUGAUGACGCAGGUUCAUGGAGAGGUCACGAAUAAGGCUGCUGCUGCAAUGUAUGGCGGCAUUGCAGCCACUGUUAAACAGAUUUUGAAGGAAGAAGGAUGGGUUGGAUUUACUCGUGGAAUUGGGCCUAGAGUUCUUCAUAGUGCCUGCUUUUCAGCUAUAGGGUACUUUGCGUUUGAGACAGCUAGGCUUACGAUUUUGAAUCAUUAUCUCAAGCAAAAGGAGCUUCAAGCCAUUGCACUGCCUUCCACGUUGCCACUCAACCAAACUGGAUGAUUAUAGACCUCAAGUUUUUGCGGAUUUUUUAAUUUGGUGAAGGUUCUUCACCUAUUGCCCUUUUUCCACUCGGAUUAAUUCAGCUUUCUAACAGUAUGAACUUUUUGUUUUAUGGAUGUGAGUACUUUGCUGUAAUUUGUUACUUUAAUUGGUAUUCCAUGAUAAUAAUAGUUCACUGUCUUUAGUCGAUGCAGCAAAAUUUUGAACCCCAGCUAUACUUGUACAAGUAUGAUUGACACAUAAACUAGUAGUUGCUAUUUGCUGCACUUUUUCAUUUA